AUUUCCUUUCAUUAUUGGUUGUGAACAUCAGCCACGGAGGCGCUGUUUGAGGAAAAAAUUAGUGAGCUACGUAGUCAUCUGCUCUAAUGUACAAAACAUAUUUUAAACACCACACCACACCAGUCUCUCCUUCUCAGACUGUCAUUCGUCUGCUAGUGUUCGCAUUGAAUUUGUUAGUCUCAACUCUCGAGUUCAAUUCGGAUUCAAUCUAGUAUUCGAUUAUGUUAUAAACCGGGUUUGAUAUUUUGGUUAAUUCCUUUUUACAUUAAAACUAUUGUAUCAUUGGCCUACUCUGAUUUCAAAAUGACGGAAAGUUACCAUGGAUUGGAUGUUGUUGACUACGUCAUUUUGUCUACACUGCUUCUCAUCUCAGCAUCUAUUGGAGUCUAUUAUCGAUUUUCUGGAGGAAAGCAAAGAACAACUAAGGAAUAUUUACUGGCUGACAGAAACAUGUCUUUUAUACCAGUUGCAUUUUCUUUGAUGGCUAGUUUCAUGUCGUCGAUUACCUUACUAGGAGUUUCGUCAGAAAAUUAUGUGUAUGGCACUCAGUUUGUUGUGAUCAAUCUGGCUUACAUAAUCGGUACACCUUUGGCAGCAUAUUUUUAUUUACCAGUUUUUUACAAGCUGCAAAACGCAAGUGUGUACAAGUACCUAGAGUUGAGGUUCGGAGUCGCAACACGAUUGGUUGCUAGCGUUGCAUUUGUAACUCAGAUGGUACUCUACAUUGGCAUAGUUUUAUAUGCACCUGCCAUUGCCCUGAAUGCAGUAACCGGAUUGAACAAAAUUGCCUCCAUAAUAGCUGUUGGAGUGGUUUGCACUUUUUACUCCACCAUUGGCGGAAUGAAAGCCGUUCUCAUCACGGAUGUUUUUCAAUCAGUUUUGAUGUUCGCUUCGGUGAUUUGCGUUGGUAUUAAAGGAACAAUCGAUGCCGGCGGAAUGGAUAAAGUCUGGGAAAUCGCCAACGAAGGUGGUCGGAUUCAGUUCAACGACCUUCGGGUCGAUCCGUCAGUUCGGCACACGCUCUGGACGCAGUUGAUCGGUGGCAUCUUCACCUUUGUUUCACUCUACGCCGUCAAUCAAACACAGGUCCAGCGGCUAUUGACUGUCAACAGUUUGCGUAAAGCUCAAAGAUCGUUGUGGUUGAACUGGCCAAUUUUGACCGCCCUAAGUUUGACAACAUCGUACGCCGGCAUUUCUAUGUACUCGCACUACGCCAAUUGCGACCCUCUGCUGGAGAAACGCAUCCGCUCCCCCGAUCAAUUGUUACCCUAUUUCGUCGUGGAUACGAUGGGGCAUCUGCCCGGAGUAGCCGGAUUGUUCAUAGCGGGCAUCUUUAGCGGCUCUCUGAGUACAGUCAGCUCUGCUCUAAAUUCAUUGGCUGCCGUUACCGUUCAAGAUUUUCUUGUCCCAUGUUGUUUCAAGAAGACAUCCGACUCUCGCUUGACUUGGAUUACCCAGCUUGUGGCCUUGUUAUACGGUGCCAUUAGCAUUGCCAUCGCCUUCGUCGCCGAAUAUCUGGGCGGUGUCCUGCAAGCCUCGUUGACUAUUUUCGGCGUUGUGGGUGGACCGCUACUCGCUUUAUUCACCGUGGGAAUGUUUUCCACCGUCGUCGAACAAAAGGGUGCUCUGACGGGAUUGAUCUCCGGCCUAGUAUUUAGUUUGUGGGUUGGUUUCGGCGGUCCGAAGCCUCCGAUUCCUCGUCUUCCGCUGAGAAACGAUGGGUGCUCUUCGUUCCUGAAUGCCACCGACUAUUCCUCGAGCGACCAGUUGCUUUCAACCGUUUCUACUUCUCCUCUGCCGACAUUGCCAACGCCAACGGAAGAUGACUACUUUCCACUGUAUCGCAUUUCGUACAUGUGGUACGCACCUUUGGGAUUUCUCGUGACGAUUCUCGUCGCCCAGGUCGUCAGCCGGAUCGCCAACGCUUACCAGCAAAGUCGCAACACAUCCAGCAAAAAGAUCAACGAAGAAUUACUCAGCCCCAUGUUCCCGCAAUGUUUCCGCACCGCUCGUCACCUACCAGAUCCGAUUUUAUUGUUGACACCUCGGAAUGAGAACUGCGAGGGAAAAAAUCGUCAAGAACAAACCUUGGAAAGUAUCUGAAGAAUUGAAGAUGUCCGGGGGUAAA